UUGAACAGUUGUGAAACCGCCUCUCUUCCUCCACUGACUGCAGACAUGGCAGACAAGACGCCUCCGAAGUCCGAAGCCCCAUAUGCAACCAGGAUAGAUCCAACUAAAGAUAGUCUUUCUCGCGAACAGAUGCAUUACAUUAGACAAGUAGAGCUUGCGCAGUGGAAGAAGAAGACGUCCAAGCUCCGAACACGAAACGUUGUGACGGGACUCGCCAUUGGAGCGAUCGUAAUGGGAAUCUACGGCUACACGUUUUAUUCAGUCUCUCAGGAGCGGAUCAUGGAUGAGAUGGAUGAGGAGGCCAAGCAAGCGAGACUGCAGGGACCAAAGUCCGGUGCCAACUGA